UUUAUGUAGUAACACACAACCGAAACCUUCAUCUUAUGACUGUCAUUUUAUUUUCAAGUUGAGUAUGGAUAUUUUCAUAAUAAAUUGUCCCUAAUGGCUUCAUCAAUGCAGAAUAACAGAGUUUCGUCACCUGGAUACUGUGUCUGUUGCAGAACUUGCAACAUGUGGUGCUGGAGAGCCUUCAAAUGGCUUCCAGUAUUGCUUAUUGUGUCGAUUGUGACAUGGUCUUAUUAUGCAUACGUUAUACAGCUAUGCAUUUUUACUAUUGAUGGUACAGCCCAAAAGUGUAUAUAUCUAGUGCUAUAUCAUAUUCUACUAAUAAUGUUUUUAUGGUCCUAUUGGCGCACCAUUUUUGCAGAUAUCAAACCUAUUCCAGACAAGUAUAAGUUACCUGAAACAGAACUGGAAAAAUUGCUCAGUGCGGAGACGGAAGAUGGACAAAGGACAAUCUUAGAGAACUUUGCUAAAGAUCUCCCUAUAGUAACUAGGACAAUGUCAGGCUCCGUGCGGUAUUGUAACCGUUGUGUUCUAGUCAAGCCUGAUCGUGCACAUCAUUGCAGUAUCUGUGCUCGAUGUGUCCUCAAAAUGGAUCAUCAUUGCCCGUGGGUCAAUAACUGUGUGUGCUUCCAUAACUACAAGUUCUUCAUGCUAUUCCUCGGCUACGCACUGUUGUACUGCCUCUUCAUUAUGUCUACUUGCCUACCAUAUUUUAUACGCUUUUGGAAGAUGUAUCAAGAGUACAACCAGGCCCACUGCGAUAGUUUGAUUGGCAUUGGCACUUAUACUAAACAAUGCAUGGAUUUAUUGAGUGGUGACUUUGGCACAUCAGGCAGUGCCGGUCGUUACCACAUAGUGUUCGCCUUCUUUGUGGCCUUAAUGUUUGCCAUAUCACUUGGCUCUUUAUUUGGCUACCACUGCUACCUCGUAGCCCACAACAGGACUACAUUGGAGGCCUUCAGAGCGCCGAUGUUCCGUGGCGGAGCUGACAAAAACGGCUUCUCGAUUGGAGCUUUCAAUAACUUCAAAGAAGUAUUUGGUGCCAGCCCUGACCUGUGGGCCAUUCCGGUAUUCACCAGCUUCGGGGACGGGUUCGUGUACCCGCAGCGGACCACCGACGAGGAUACAGAGUCUCUGCUCAGCUCGGAGCGCUGGGAGCGGUGGGGACAGCGAGCGAGGCCCUUCGACGGCAGCAGCUCCUUCGACGAACUAUGAUUCUAAGCCCCCGCCUUUAUAACUGGACAUUAGUGAGUUCUAAAUUCAAAAUGUGUUUACUAUACGCUAUUACAUUCCCGCUAAUUUCAAAUUUAAAAAUUGUUUCAUCUGUUCUACUUUUUAGAUUAAGGUUUUGUGUACAAAUUAUGACAGUAUCAGCGAACUAUGAUUUCAAGCGGUGAGUCUUUUAUCCUUGAGAAUUAUAUGAUAUGUAACUAGAUUCCCGCUAAUACAUUCAAAUUUAGAAUUUGUUUGAACCUAUUCUUUCGUUUAAGAUUAAAAUCAUAAACUUUAAUAAUUGUACAAAUCAUCACAUUUUUAUAAUUUAUGUGAAAAUGUUUUUUUUUUGCGUACUAAACGCGUCGCAUUAAAUUAUGUAUAUUUUCAAAUUUUAAGUUAAAAUAGUUAAAAACAAAACAAACUGGGUCGCAAAAUAUUUUCUCUGUCAAGACUUGAUUUUUUUCUUACAGUGACUGUACUGAUGAAAUCUAUAAACAAUUUCGGCUCCUUUUACCAAUGCUACAUUCUUUUCUAUAAAUAUCAAACUCCUUAAAUGCGCUCCAUUCGAUCACGAUGUAAUUGGUGAAUUGUCAAAUCGUGUGACAUAUUUAAGUAGUUUUGAUUGGUGCUGACAGCUGUUAUCAGUGUCAUGGCGGGAGACGCUCAUAGCGUCUUCCAUUAGUGAUUCCCCAUUUACUAAAUUUGUUAAAUAGAUUUACGAUAGAUUGUAUUAAAUCAUCAUUUUGUAUAAGUACGCAUAUUUCGUGUACCACAUGUUUAUAUAUUGCAUUAAGUUAUUAAUUAUAUUUAGUAGAUCUAUUUAUAAUGUCUAAUUUACAGCAAAAGCAAUUGCUUAUUAGGUAUCGUUGAAAAAUAUAUAUAUAGGUAGAUAUUUUUAAUAAGAACAAAUCAUGUGCCAGGCGAUUUAGUUUGUAUUUAUAUAACUAAGCCCUGACGUUUUAGAUAAGGCUAUGAUGUGCUUCAUAUUUUUGGAACGGACAAAAAUUACGUCUGGCUCGCCGACUAUUUUAUCAGCCGAGUAGAAUGGAGGUAUUAAAGCGUAAUCGAAGCCAAAUUAAUAUUCGGUGCCUUAAGUAAAAGCCGUAGUACAUGUAAAUGAAGCUUUCUUAUAUGUGCUUUUGUUUUCGACACGGCUUAACUAUUUUGAGUUAGAUUGCACCGAUAUUUUACUCGGGUGUUUUAUUAAAUAUUGUCUUAAAUAUUAUUAUUUUUACACUUGUAUUUUAUUUUGGCUGUAUAUUUAAAUCCUGUUCUUAAUAAUAGUCUAUAUGUCAGUGAAUGAUUUUAAGUCAUCUGUGCGUAACAUUUGAAUUAAAGGCAUUGGUUUUGUUAUAAAUUUCUAUAGUGAAAGG